UCUCAUCCAACCAAAGACUAAACUGUAAGAUGAUGAUGUUCCCGUCUGACAGUGACAUGUGGACCAGAACUUCUUCUCUAUAUGUCGGUUCUGUGAGAGACGUCACUCCGCUGCUGUGGGCACAUCUGUGGACAGACUGACUGGCACGGGUUAUGGUUGGGUUUAAUUGGUGGCAGACCGCAGGACAGUCAGAGUGGCUUUAUCAACACACACACAAUCAGCGAUAACACACACAAACACACACACACACACACUCAUUAGGCCGAGGCAGGGUGUCGAUGGUGCUGAUGGUGUAAUUUCUGCAGAAGGGGGGGCAGCUCGUGGUGGGGGCCGGUGAAACGUCAGAGAACAUAAAGGCACUGCCACGUAAUUAGAGAGAGAGAGAGAGAGAGAGAGAGAGAGAGAGAGAGAGAGAGAGAGAGACUCGUCCUGCCUCCUCGCGCCUAGCUGCCGCUGAGCAAGCUUUGCGCACACACGGAGCUUUGCGCAUCUGGUCGUCAUCAGCAGCGGCAGCAGCAGCAGCAGCAGCUCUUCCUGCUCAGAUGUGACUCGACCAGAGAGGGACGAGAGAAGAGAAGCGUCUCCUCAGAGGACUUUCUCUGUUCGACCUCUCGGUGUGAAGAAGUUGUCGGGCUGCGGGACGAGCUGAGGUCACUCCCGUCCGUCCGGAUGGAUUGUCUGUAGGAGUUUAACUUUGCUGAAGAGUUUUUGAACCCUCCGCGGCUUCAUCUUGGAUGUGAACAGACCCGCUCUCUGCGCGGAAGAACCGGAUCUGCCUCCGGCUGGUUUCUGGAGCCUGUGCGCUCUGCUGCACGCACGGAUCUUUUUGGCUCGCUUCUUCUUCUUCUCCUUCUCCUUCUUCUUUUUUCUUCUUCUUCUCAGCGCCGCUCCACUGUUUUCCGCUGUUCCCCACUUGCGUCAUGACUUCUAGCUAUGCACAUGUAAUGGACAGGCAAGCCUCGAUAUCAAACCGCCUGGAGAGUCCGAUCACGUCUAACCUGGACAACCUGCAAGCCAAGAAGAACUUCUCGGUCAGCCACCUGUUGGAUCUGGAAGAGGCCGGGGAAAUGGUCGGCAGCCAGGCGGACGAGAGCGUCGGGGAGGCGGGGAGGAGUAUGCUGGAGUCCCCGGGUCUGACCAGCGGGAGCGACACGACCCAGCAGGAGAACGAGCAGAUGAACACGGAGGAGAAGAAGAAGAGGAAGCAGCGCAGGAACCGGACCACCUUCAACAGCAGCCAGCUGCAGGCUCUGGAGAGAGUGUUCGAGAGGACGCACUACCCCGACGCCUUCGUCAGGGAGGACCUGGCCCGCCGGGUCAACCUCACCGAGGCCAGAGUCCAGGUUUGGUUUCAGAACAGGAGAGCGAAGUUUCGCAGGAACGAGCGCGCCAUGCUGGCCAGCAAGAACGCCUCGCUGCUCAAGUCGUACUCGGGAGACGUGACGGCGGUGGAGCAGCCGAUCGUACCGCGGCCUGCACCGCGCCCAAACGACUACCUGUCCUGGGGCAGCGCCGCCCCCUACAGCUGGUACCCGAUGCCGGAGGGGGGGCCAGUGCGAGUGCCACAGAAAAUGCUGCCCUCAGAGAACAACGCCAUGGCCACCUACCCGCCCACCUGCUCCAACACCAACACGUCCCAGGGAAUGAACAUGGCCAACAGCAUCGCCAACCUGCGGCUCAAAGCCAAGGAGUACAGCUUGAACCAGGUGCCCACGGUCAACUGAGCGGAGGGGGAGAGGCUGGGGGAGGGAGGGGAGGCGCUCUGCCGUCGGACCCCUGCAGACGGGACACCGUCUCUGGGAUCAGAACCACCUCAUCACACCCACGGAGCCUCGGUCGCUUUUACACCCAUAUGCAAAAAUGUUGGACAGCGAGUGAUGCAGGAUUUUCCCCCCAAGCCACCUUUUUUUUUUUUAUUAUUAUUUUUAUUUUUAAUUCCUCCUGAGCAUCACUGAACUCUUGUUUGUACAAAAAAAAGACAUCUUUGCUGGAUGCUGUAGCCGAAUGUCUGCGUAGUUUUACAUGUGUGAUUGUGACUGAAGCGGAGGCCGAGUUUUUCAUUUUUGUUUUUUCAAUCAGCGAGCUCGUUCUCCACGGAGACGCGUGGACGGACUACGUGGACUCUUCCUCCCUUCAGCUGUGGGAUAAAAUUACACUCCAAGUUUGGGAUUUUUCUUUUCUUUUCUUUUCUUUUUUUUUUUUUUUUGAAUCAACAACAAACCGACACAGACUUCUGACAUUUAUACAUUUUUGUUUUUUAAAGAAAAGUUAGUUUUGUUUUUUCCACAUUUCUUUCCAUGUUAUACCACUGACCAGCAAACAUUUUCAACGCAUUUUGAUUCUCAUGUAAUAGUCCAAUAUAAAGGAGAGGCUAAUUGUAUUUCUGAAUCCAAAACCAGUAGAUUCUCUUAAUUUCCUAUGAUAUACUUUAUUUGUAACAGAAUGAAAACUUGUAUAUUAAUAAAAAUGCAUUUCAAGCAA